CAAUUUUUCCUUGUAACUCGAAUGAGUUGGACUGGUUGGAGUUGAAGCAAGUUGGAGAUUUGGAAUCAUAAGCACAUGUGAGCUUGACCGAGUCAGUCAAAAAUAUUAUUCUCCAUUCUCUCCAAUAUAUACUGUUUUACAGCAUUGCUGAAAAAAAUUAUCAUAAUGUCUAUCAAGGAAUUUGUUAAGGAAGCAAUUGCAGCAGAGACUGUUGUUAUUUUUUCAAAAAGCUAUUGUCCAUUUAGUCAGAUGGCUAAAGAGGUUUUUGAGAAAUUAAAUCACACUUACAAGGUAGUCGAGCUUGAUGGAAGCGAGGUUUAUAGUGGUGAAAUUCAAGAUGUACUUGCUCAAAUGACUGGUGCAAGAUCUCUUCCAAGAGUAUUUAUCAAGGGUGAAUGUAUUGGAGGUGGUACUGAUUGUGAGGCAAUGUUUAUUAGUGGUGAAUUGCCAAGAAAAUUGCAUCACAUCAUGUUCAAUAUACCAUUUACCAGCCCAGACAAACGAAUCAUCACGAUAAAUACCAAGGAUUACGUUGAAAAAAUUAUUGCAAGAAAUACUGUUGCUAUUUUUUCAAAAAGCUAUUGUCCAUACUGCAAAAUGGCUAAACAGAUUUUUGAUCAAUUGAAUCAGCCUUACAAGGUAAUUGAGCUAGAUGAGAGAAAAGAUGGUUAUGAAAUUCUGGAUUAUCUUGGAGAAAUGACUGGUGUAAAAUCUGUUCCGAGAGUAUUCAUCAAGGGUGCAUGUAUUGGAGGUGGUUCUGAUUGCAAAACAUUGCUUGAAAAUGGUGAAUUGCAAAAGAAAUUGUGAUUAUUCAUUUGUUUUGUCUCCAAGAAAUUAAUUUAAA